AUGGCUGAGUGGAGCCAAUGGGCUCCGGGGCGUUAUGGGGCUUAUCAGACACAGGGCAGAGCGUUGCCUGUACCUGCGGAACUUCAGGAAAUGCUCAACUCUUGUCCUAGCAGCACACAUCUGUGGCCAGCAAAGAGCAAUCGAAUUUUAAAGAUGAAGCAUCUUCCCCAAUUCCCUUUCAUCUUGGCCGUCUAUUGCUUCUGCCUGCUACAGAAUCCUUCCUCAGGAUACCCUCCACAUUCAGAUGGUUCUCCAGAUGGCUUGGAUGCUGUGCAGCUUGAGCAACUGGCAUAUUGGGCAACUGUUUCUCGGCAACCUAAGGUUUAUCAAGACAUGUACAAACAGUUUUUAUUUCACUACUCCAGGACUCCGAAGCCAACACAUGCAGUUAAAACUGGGGAUGCGGGGGCUGUGGCACUUGACUUUAUAAAGAAGGUAUGUAAGCUCUGUGGAGAACACAAGCCCCCAAAAACGACCUGUGAGAGGACAGGGAAGUACUUGGAGCUGCGUCACCGAGCAGCCUCUUUAGAUGACUUCUGGAAAGAACUGGUCUCCCAAUAUGCCCCUGGAAAUCUUCUUUGA